AUGAGGCCUCGUACUGCUGCUGGACUGGUGGUGGGACUAGUAGCUCAAGUCCUAGCGACUGCAAAGCUCCCGCCCGCCAACGAGGGACAGACCUUCGCCUUCGACACCGUGUUCGGUGUCGACUUCUCCACCGAUGCAAACGGCGGCUGCAAGUCCCACAAAGACAAACUGCAGACAUCCCAUGUUGAAGCAAUAUCGACUCUGACAGCCGCUAAAGGCUCGAUAGACUGGUUGUCCCAGCACAAGAAAGCACCUUCAUCAAGCAACAAGGAGCUGUACAACAAUUGGCUUCGAGUCCGACAGACUUACCAGAAAGUGCUUGGUACUGAUCCUUGGACUGCAGCAGGCGGUCUAGCUCAGGAGGUGAAUGCCGUUAGACAAACUUUCGAGAAGUACCUGAGCCGGCUGCAAGUACCAGAGAAGACGACUACACCGAAAUACCACAUCCGCUGCCGGGACGACUGGAUCAAGUUCCUCAAACCCACAGACCCAGACCCACGAGAAGCUGGCAAGCCAGACGCCAAACAAUACACUCUCGCAAAGCGCAUGAUUAGCAAAGUGAACCAUUUCCUGAAGCUACGUUCGAACGUCUACGACGUAGUUCGAGCAGUAGUGCUGAAGGCCAUGGUGAGCGUGCUAUAUUCAGAGCCUGAGGCUUCAACGACCUCACGCUUCAUCUCAAGCUUGCAGUAUUGUAGAUGCGAUAGCACCGCGCAACUUCGCGCCGUAACAAUGUGCGAGCUUGCGAGCACUCGAGUGAGGUUGGCGAAGUAUGUGCAGCCUGCUGCAGGCAGCCCGGCUGGCAAGCCAGAAGCCCGACUGGCAAGCUACGACACCAUCGAUAAGCGCGACGUGUACGACUCAAAGCGGUAUGAGGGGUUCGAGCUGGCAUAA